GCCCCCCUCCUUCUCCUCUUGCAGGCAGGCUGGAAAAAAAUGGAAUAGCCUUCUGGAUGCAUUCCCAGCCCUUUUCGUGGCAUUUGAGAUUGCAGAUUGGCCAAGGCUGGAGCACAAGCCAAGGAACCUGUCUCCAAGGAUAAAUACAAAAAUGGAGGAAGAAGACUUGGCAGGAACUAAGGAACCAGAGGAGAGAUUGGAGAAGGAAGGAGGAGACCACACUGUUGUUCAAGAAGAAACCAUUGCAAAGUUGGUGACUAAAGCAACUCUGCAGCAUGUUAAAGAGGAAUUGGAAGAGAGGCUACAACAGGGCUGGGAGGCCCACUGGUCUGAGUUCAUGAACACCCCGCAGUCCCGUUGUCCAAGAUGGAAAGACAUAUCAUCUGGGCCAGCUUCUAAAGAAUUGCCAGCAUUCACUCAAAAGGUGGCUGAGGUGUGCCAAUUGCCUGGGAAAGGGUAUGCAACCAAGACGGUGCCAGGCCCCUCUGAUAAGAAUAUCAAGGCCUAUGAAAGUCCAGGCUUUCCUAUGGAGCUGAAAGAGGAAGUUCUGGAUGACAACACCCUCGAUUUGGAGACACGACGUCAGCAGUUCCGGUGCUUCUGCUACCAUGAAGCCGAUGGACCCCGAGAGGCCUUCCACCAGCUCUGGAAGCUUUGCCACGGGUGGCUGAAGCCAGAGAGAUGCAGCAAGGAGCAGAUCUUGGACUUAAUCGUCCUGGAGCAGUUUCUGACCAUCCUGCCCUCCGAGAUUCAGAGCUGGAUCCGAGAGAACUGUCCAGAGACAUGUUUGGAGGCCGUGGCCCUAGCAGAAGACUUCUUGACCAGACCACUGGAGGGUGAGGGAAGCCAGAUACUGGCACCUUUGAAAGAUGUGGGUGCUCAUUCGGCCACACUGGAACAAGAUCCAUCGGAAGCCAGGCUAAAACGACAAUUGAUUGCUGAUCUCAAGAAAAGAGAUGCUCAGGAGGCUAUCUUACUGGGUGAUGAUCAAAUGAGAACAAAAGAAAGAAGAAAUCUUUGUCUGGAAAGAUCCAAAACAGUGGAACUCAAGGAGACAUCAUUGGGAAGAGGCAAAGGAAAUCUCUUCUCGUUUCACACCGAGGAAGAGGUAGUGCUUGGGAAACAGCCAGAAUCCAAAGUCCUUCAAAACUAUGAAACCAGGAAGGAAGCUAAAGGGAUCUUGCCUUCUGAGGAAGUCUCUGGAAGCACAGCAAGCAAAGAGGCACACCAGCAGAAAACCAAAAAAACCUGCACAGAAUGUGGAAACCCAUGCGAGGUCUUUGAUCUCCCUGAAAAUCAGAAAACACAAGUGGAAGAUGAGUUUUACAUCUGCCCCCGUUGUGGGAAGACUUUCAAGAAUGGUGCAUCCCUCGUGCCAAAGCAAGGGACCUUAGCUGUGGCCAAACCCUACCCUUGCUCCGAAUGCGGCAAAAGCUUUGGCACAAAAGCGUCUCUCUUGAAGCACAAGGGGACCCACUCAGGGGAGAAACCGUACGUUUGCUCUGAGUGUGGAAAGUGCUUCACCACAAGCUCGAAUCUGAUCUACCACAACAUCGUCCACACGGGAGAGAAGCCACACAAGUGCUCAGACUGCGGCAAGAGCUUCCACUGGAAGUCGUCCCUGAUUACUCACGAGCGGACCCACACAGGGGAGAAGCCGUACGAGUGCCCUGACUGCGGCAAGAGCUUUGGCAACAGCUCCCAGCUUCUGCGGCACAAGCGGGUGCACACGGGCGAGAAGCCGUACCACUGCUCCGAGUGCGGUCGCAGCUUCAACCAGAUUGCUUCUCUGAUUGCACACAAGCGGAUCCAUACGGGCGAGAAGCCGUACGAAUGCUCCGAGUGUGGAAAGGGUUUCGGCACCAGGACAAACCUGAUGAUGCACAAACGAGUACACACCGGAGAGCGGCCAUAUAAAUGCUCGUAUUGCGGACAGAGCUUCAGCCAACGGACCCACCUGAUCAUCCACGAGCGGACCCACACAGGAGAGAAGCCCUACACGUGCCCCGAAUGUGGGAAAAGUUUCAAUGCCAAAGCCCCGCUCAUCACCCACCGAAAGACUCACACAGGAGAGAAUCUUUACCAGUGCUUCCAGUGUGGAAAAAGCUUCAGCACCAGUUCGAACCUCUUGAAUCACAACAUAAUCCACACAGGGGAGAAGCCCCAUAAAUGCUCAGACUGCGGCAAAUGCUUCAAUCGGAAAUCCUCCCUCAUUACACACCAGAGGACCCACACGGGGGAGAAGCCCUAUGCCUGCUUUGAGUGUGGGAAACGUUUCAUUUCGAGCUCAGAUCUUACGAAACAUAAAAAGGUGCACAGGGGGAAGCAUGCAGUCGGUGCUGAAACCUUUGUUUAUAGUCCAGAGCUGGCAGAGCCAGGCACCAUACACCCUGGAGAGCAGCCAUCUGCAACAAUCCAGUUAGCAACCAAGAUGGCAGAAUGUGGCUUUCUACGGUCAGGGCCAAGAGUGAACCAAAGCAAAAGGGACCCUCAUAUGUUCCUCUCAGGAGCAGCUUUGCCACAGAACAAACAGGAACCAGACGAGGGGUUCCAACCACGGCAGGAAUCGUGGCAGCAGGAAAAGGACCCCAACUCAGUGCUGUCUCCUUAUUCGGUGUGGAGGCCAUCACGGUUAUUUCAACCGGUCUCUGAUGAGGACAUGAAAGAAUUUAAGACUUCUUACCAAUCGUUGAAAGGUGCCAACCAAUUGCCUAGGGGUGGAGGAGGUGCAAUAGCGAUGCAUACUUUCCCGGACCUUGGUCGAAAAACUCAAGAAGCCUGUGAAAGUUUGGACAGUUCUGGAAGGUUGAAGGAGCAGGUUCCAGAGAUGGCCGACCCAGAUCGAUUGGAGAUCAAGCGCCAGCACUUCCGGCAUUUCUGUUACCAGGAGAUCGAAGGGCCCCGGGCAGUCCUGAGAAAACUGCAGGAGCUUUGCUGCCAGUGGCUGGUGCCAGAGAGGCACACCAAGGAGCAGAUUGUGGACCUGGUGAUCUUGGAGCAGUUUCUGACCAUCCUGCCUUUGGAGAUGCAGAUCUGGGUGUGCAAAAGUGGACCCGCCACCUGCACCCAGGCUCUGGCCCUGGCCGAAAGCUUCCUCUUGAGGCUGCAAGAGGCCGAGAACCAUGCACCAAAGGGCAUUGGACUAAUGGAGGAAGCAUUUGUCAAUUCUCCAGCACCAAAGCAGGACUUGCCAGAUGCUGUUGACAUCUGCAUCUCUGAGGUAGAAGAGGAGGCGACCAUCUUGAUGGGUGGUGAAGUCCGCCCCCGGCAACUGGGGAUGAAGAUCCCGGCAGCAGUCCGCAGCGCUGAUACUUCGUCGAUCGUUGUGGAGUUGCAAUUACCCGAGGAUUCUGUGGAGCAAAAGUCUGCCGGCCCAGCCCCUCGACGGAAAGUGCCGUGGUCCGGCUUUGAGAAAGCCUUUACGUAUGUGCGCCAGAGGGGGAAAAACUUGGUGGUGCAAUGCAAUUUCUGCCUGCCAGCCUACAAGACUGUGAGCGCAGCCAUUACCUCCUCGUCCAAUCUGAAGAAACAUUUGGAGAGGGCUCAUCCCGAGAAACUGAAAAUAAUUGAAAGUGCAAAGAGGGUAAGGAGACGGGGCUAUUCUGUAGAACUGAGGCAUGAUGACGAGACCCCAGCUCUCAAAAUGCCCAAGCAGCAGCCAGAGUCACAGGCAGGCCCAGAGAAAUGGGGAUGUGGCAAGGAGACAGUCACCCAGAGGAUUCUUGAUAAGAAAAUCAUGGAUUUCAUUGUGGAGGAGACGCUGCCAUUUGAAACGGUGGACAGAGCAUCGUUCAUCGGGUUGGUUCGCCUUGGUCUCCCAAAAGGCCUCAGCAUCAUGUGUGCCAACACCCUGAGGGACAGAAUUCAGAAGAGGGCGGCCAGCAUGCGGGAAACGCUUGUGAGCCGGAUGGGUGUCGUCUCCCAUGUGGCAACCACUGCUGACUGCUGGACCAUCGGGAAGAGGAGCUUCCUGGGGGUCACGGCCCACUGGAUCAGCCCCACUACUCUGAAGCGGGAGUUUGGGGCCUUGGCGUACAAGCGCUUAAAAGGACACCUCACGUACAGUGUCCUUGUCAAAGCCCUCCAUGAUGUUCAUAUGCAAUACCAGAUUCACAGCAAAGUUAUGUGUACCACCACGGACAAUGGCUCCAACUUUGUGCAAAUGUUUCGGGGAUUUAGGGCUGAGGAACUCAGAGAUGCUACGGGAACCAGCAUAGAGGGAAAUGACAAGGAAGGAGACGGUGACAACCAGGAAGAGCCAGAGGUGACAUUUGUCCCAAUCUCCGAACUUUUGGACACUUGUAACAAGGCAGCGGAAGAAAGAGUGGGCUCCAAAGAUUUCAGCUUGCCACCACUCCAGCGGUGUGUCAGCCACUCACUCAAUCUGGUGGCAACACAAGACGUAGAUGCCUUGAUUUCAGACUCUUCCAAAAAUAGCCUUCACGGUCCUUUCUGGAGACAUUUUCGUUCCUUGAUGGAGAAGUGCAACAAACUGUGGUCCAAGCACAAAGGAUCCAAACAGUUUGCAGAGUAUGUCCGUGAGCAGUCCGGUGUAUACUUGAAAGUACCAAACCAGACCCAGUGGAACGUCACCUUCAAUGCACUUAAGCAGCUGAAUGAACUCCUCUCUAAUAUGCCGCUAAAAGUGGGUGCCCUUACGGACCAGUGCUCCAUGGCCAGGUUCACACCGGCUGAGAGCAUAGUGUUGCAGGAGUACACUGAGAUCAUGUGGCCGCUAGCCCAGUCUCUUGAUAUCCUGCAGCGGGAGAAUGGCAUGUUUAUGGGGUACCUGUUGCCUACUUUGUACAAUUUGGACCGCAAAUUACAAGGGCUGGAAAACAAGCCCGUCAAAUACACGUACUGUCUUCCGCUCUUGAGGGGGAUCCGUGAAGCCCUAAGGAAGCGGUUUGCGGGUAUUUGGGAGGACAAGAAGCUUCUUCUGGCAGCCUGCUUACACCCUCGAUUCAAAGUGGACUGGCUGGAUUCAGCCAAGACUGUUCAUAUCAACAGGUACAUGAUGGAAGCUUUGGUGAAGGCUGAAAUCAGGGGCAUGGUGAGUGAGGAAAAUGACCGGUCUUCAGAGAAAGACCAGGAGAGCGACAGUCUGGAAGACGACUUCUUCAACAUCCGGCCGCGGGGCAAGAAGUCAGCUGUGGACAGUGCCGACGAGGAAGUCUGGGAUUUUCUGAAGUGCCCCAGCCGGGAAGUGUCCUCCCUGCAUGCCUUUCCGCGUAUCAUGCAGAGCUUCCUGCAAUACAACACCGGCAUGCCUUCCAGCGCUGCGGCAGAGCGCCUCUUUUGCACAGAGGACCGGGGUGCGACGGCCAAAAGACACUCCUUGUCCGACGAGGUCUUUGAGCAGCUGCGGAAGUGGGUGUCCUCCUCCUCCUGUCCCCCCUCCUUCCCGCUUCCGGUCCGUCGCUGUUCCUUCCCCGGGUGCGAAACUGCCCUUUGUAUGUUUCUCCGCCAUCCUCCGAGCCAUGGAGCCUUAGGAGGGGAGAUGCCCAGGCGGAAAGCUCUGGUGGUGCAGACAGGAGGGAAAAUGGCAGAGGGUGGCCGGCUGGGACCAGGCCAAAGAGAAGAACACGCAGGAAGAGAGCCACAUGCUUUCCAUAGAGAGGCCCUGGAAGAGAAGUUGAGUAGGACAGCGCAACCUCAGAAGAAGCAAGCCUGGGAAGGGAGACUGAAACCUCAGCCAGAUGCUCAACACCCAAAAAAGGAUGCCAACCCAGUGCUAUCUCCUUACUCUGUGUGGAGACCAUCGCGGCUAUUUGAACCUCUCUCAAGUGAUGAUAUGAAAGCAUUUAAGGCUUCUUAUCGAACAAUAAAAGGAGCCAGUUGGUGGCCGGGAGGAGGAGGGGGUGCAACGACAAUGCAUAUGUUGCCAGGCCUCAACCGAAAAACCCAAGAGGCCUGUGGAAGCUCGGAAGGUUCGGCGAGGGUGAAGGAAGAGAUUCCAGAGGAGGCCAACUCAGACCGAUUAGAAAUCAAGCGUCAGCAUUUCCGGCACUUCUGUUACCAGGAGAUCGAAGGGCCCCGGGCAGUCCUGAAUGAACUGCAGAAACUUUGCCACCAGUGGCUAGUGCCGGAGGGGCACACCAAGGAGCAGAUUGUGGAUCUGGUGAUCCUGGAACAGUUUCUGACCAUCCUGCCCCUGGAGAUGCAGAUCUGGGUGUGCGAAAGCGGGCCCGCCACUUGCGCCCAGGCUCUGGCCUUGGCCGAAAGCUUCCUCUUGAGGCUGCAAGAGGCCGAGAACCAUGGACAAAAGGGGUCUGGAUUAUUGCAAGAAGCGUAUGUUAAUUCCCCAACAUUGAAGCAGGAUCCCUUGGACAGUCUGGAGAGUUCCCUUUCCAGAGAUGAUGAGGAUGGAGAAGAAGGGGAAGAAGAGCAAGAGGAGCAACCAGAAGAACGUGAAGAACGCAUGUGGGAUAAGGCAGAGAAAGCAGCCUUUUUGCUGGGAAUCUCUGAGCCCAUGGAAUGGGGAUUACCUCUGGACAGAACCACAGGGAAGCUUUUCCCGGAUCCCGAGUCCAAAGAGAUAUUUGGGAAUCAGCAAGAAAACUAUCCAGGGAAAGCCCCGAAGCAAGCCCUUUGUUCCGUGGAAACUGAAAACAAACGGAGCUUCCAAGAGGGGACCAUCGGUCAGAAGAAGAGGGCAAAGAGCAGCUCUGAAAACGGUCUCCAUCAGAGCUUUGGCUUCCUGAAGCAUCAGAAAGUGCAGACCGUGGACAAGCCCCCACGGUGUACCCCCUGCGGCGAACGUUUCCAAAAGAGAUCGUGUGGAGAGCAGCCAUAUAAGCUACCUCAGCUUGGAAACGAGCUGCCCAAGUGUGUUACUUCGCUGCGGCGUGACGAAAGCCUUCCUGACAUCCCGGACGGUGGCUGCAGAUGUAAGGCCAAAAAGAGAGGCCACGAGUGUGGACACUUUUUUCCGCUGAGCUCCGACCGCUGGAAAGUGCCCAAGGGAGAUAAACUGUCCAAAGGUGCGAUGCGUGGGGAAAGGGUGAUGUGGCUGUCGCCCUUCCCGAGUCACGAGAAGAACGACCACGUGGGGAAACCCCACCAGUGCAUUGACUGUGGCAAGCGUUUCAGCCAGAAGGGCAACCUCAACAUCCACCGGAAAACCCACACGGGGGAGAAGCCCUAUCCGUGCUCAGAGUGCGGCAAAUGCUUUGUGACUAACUCCCGGCUGCUCACGCACAAGAGGGUGCACACGGGGGAGAAGCCGUACAACUGUUCAUACUGCGGCAAUAACUUCAGCCAGCUGGCCCACUUGGUCCAGCACCAGCGGAGGCACACCGGGGAGAAGCCCUACAGUUGCCCCUACUGUGGGAAAAGCUUCAGCGUGAAGGCCAACCUCAUCACGCACCAGCGCACCCACACGGGAGAGAAGCCCUACGAAUGCUCCGAGUGUCCGAAAAGCUUUGUCUCCAGUUCCGAUCUCAAAAAACAUAAAAGGGUACACACUGGGCAACUGUAUACAUGAGUGCUAGUUUCGGAUUUUAAUGUAGUCAUUCCUAUUAUUAUUAAUGUAGACAAGGAAA